UAUAUAAACUCACCAAUCUCAUCCAUUUCAAUCAAAACCAUUUAAAAAAAAAAAAAACAAUUAUGUGCAUGUGAUAUGGAAGAGCUAUAUGAGCCGGAGAACAAGGAGCAACACCGGAGCACCGCCGUGAGCUUUAUAUCAACUACAACGUCGAAGAGCACGGCCGUGAGCGUCCCGAAAACGAGACACCGGAGACAGUUCAAUUGCAACCUUACAGAUGAAGAUGAAGGUAUUAAUGAUGAUGGUAAGACGGAGAUGAUACCGCCACAUGUGUUAGUUUCACGGCGAGGAAAGACCGGCAACAUGGCCUUCUCAUUGUGCUCCGGUCAUGGCCGUACACUUAAGGGCCGUGACUUAAGACAUGUCCGUGAUUCUGUGCUCCGUAUGACCGGCUACCUUGAGGGAUGAAUUAAUUAAUAAUACUUAAUAUGAACUCGAAAUAUUACCAAUUUAACAUGUAUGUACACUCUUAGCUAAGUUGUGAUUGCUAAGCUGCAUGUUUCACUCU